ACACGAAAUGAACCCUUUCGGCUUCCCUACAGUUCAACUGUCAUCCCAUCCAGCAUGGCGUCCUCUGCAAGGGUAGCUUCACGGGUUUGCUCUUUCUAUCUGCUUUUGUCCUCGAGACACGGUGUCAGCAGUGGCUGCAGAUGGUCCGGCCGGUCCUGCUCCUCCGCCUCGGUCAAGAGCAGCCUCUACGAGCAUGUGCUGGACGGGUACAGUCACAAACCCGAGCUGGACAUGAAGCGAGUGUGCGAGGAGGCGGAGGCGCUGACAGCAGAGCUGGAGGACCGCAGAGGAGACCUGAGGCCAGCAGAUGUCCCGCUCAUAAUUUCAGUCUGGAAGAAUCUACAGAAGGUGCAAGAAGAAAUAUCACAUUUAGAAGGCAGAAAGCAAGUGGUCAGUUCUACAGUCCGUGAGCUUGUGGGUAAACACGACAAAUCCACCUUGUCUAGUCUUGAGGAGUACGGUCACGCUAGAGAAGAGGGCAGAGCGAUCCGAGAGAAACUCAAUCAGCUGUAUCUGCAAGAGAAAGAGCUGGAGAAAGAGCAUUACUGCCGUGCUUUAAGACUGCCCAACAGAACUCAUCCAAGUGUGCCCAUUGGAGAUGAGAGCCAGGCAAGAGUGGUUGAAGUAGUUGGUGAGAAACGAGAAUUUGAUUUUAAACCAAAAGGCCACCUGCAAAUUGGAGAGAGUCUUGACAUCAUAAGACAAAGACGGCUGUCUCACGUGUCAGGACACAGAUCUUAUUAUCUGAGAGGGGCAGGGGCUCAACUGCAGUUUGCCUUGCAGAACUUCGCUAUGGAUCUUCUUCAGAAACGGGGCUUUAUUCCUAUGGUUGUUCCUGACAUAUUAAAAUCAGUUGUUUUUGAGGGUUGUGGGAUGCAGCCUCAUGCUCAGAAAUCUCAGGUUUAUUCUCUGAAUCCCAAACGCUCUCCUGACCUUAAUCUUGCUGGUACAGGAGAAGUGGGAGUCGCAGGAUAUUUCAUGGAUCAUGCUGUAAAUUUUAAGGAUUUACCUGUCAGGACAGUCUGUAGCAGCACAUGCUAUCGAGCAGAAACAGACACUGGCAGAGAGACCUGGGGGCUCUACAGAGUUCACCACUUUACCAAGAUUGAGAUGUUCGGUGUGAGUGCAAAUGAGACUGGGGAGGAGAGCUCGCAGUUGCUGGAUCAGUUCGUCACGUUACAGAAAGAGAUUUUCUCAUCUCUACAGCUUCACUACAGGGUCUUGGAUAUGCCCACUCAAGAACUGGGGCCUCCUGCCUAUCGAAAGUUUGAUAUUGAGGCAUGGAUGCCAGGCAGAGGCAGCUUUGGAGAGAUUUCCAGUGCCUCAAACUGCACAGAUUACCAGAGCCGCCGUCUUGAUAUUCGAUAUGAGGGAGAAGAUGGAAAACUUCAAUAUGCGCAUACAGUGAACGCUACAGCUUGUGCUAUUCCACGUACCAUCAUUGCUAUUUUGGAGACAUACCAAACCAAGAAAGGAACAGUUCAGGUUCCUGAGGUGUUGCAGCAGUACAUCGGCAUGGAAGUGAUAGAAAAGCCUAAAUACACUCCUAUAAAGUAUAUUGGACCAAAUCAACCCAAGCGAAAAUAACACUUUUAUUGGUGUAUCAGACUUCAGUGAAGUACUUUGAUUUGCUGUGUUUCCAACAGCAAACAGAAUGUUUAUAGAUUUUUGUCUUAAUGUAUCUCAAACCUCAUGCUUAAGGGGAACUUAUCUAAUUUAUGUGGCCUUUUUCAAUAAAAUGUCAUCAGUGA